GCAUCUUUUUUGAGAGGUGUCUCUUUCUUUUUUUUUUUUUAUUCAUUUAUAAAUCAUUCUCUUAUCCCCACUUUUCCUCCCUUGGUCAUCUUUUUUGUGUUUCUUUGUCUCCUUCUUUGCCCUUUUUUUUCUUACAAGUCACAUUUUGGACAUUUGUAUUACAGCAUGCGCUCAUUGGAAGAUUAUGACAUUUCACCCAUCACCGGGUUUUUGCCUGUGGAGCCACCUUUACGACGUCUUCCCGAUCCAUAUUUUGCUCCAUGGGAAGAGAUGAUGGAGAAUUUCAAUGGACUUCUUUUAGCCGGUAAAUUCAGAGAAAAGGUCCUGCAGAUGCCGCUUCUAGAUCAUACUCGGUUAACCACGACAGCCGAAUAUCGAAGAGCAUUUGUCAUCUUCUGCUUCCUUUCACACAGCUAUGUUUGGGGAAAGCUUGAAAAGACAUCGGAGACACUGCCUGCGACUUUGGCCGUCCCAUGGACUGGGAUCUCUAACUACUUGGGAUUAUGCCCGGUCGUAUGUCAUGCUGCUGUCGAUUUAUGGAAUUACCGACUCCUCGAUGCCGAUGGUCCCAUCGAUCUCAGUAAUCUUGCAGCAUUGACAACCUAUUCGGGUUCACUGGAUGAAGCGUGGUUCUACUUGAUCACAACUGCCAUUGAAAGUGCGGGUGCAUGUUGUUUGCCUGCAAUACUGUCGGUCAUUGAACACAUCAAUGACUGCAAUUAUGACGGUAUCAAGUCCAACCUUGAAACCAUGUAUGGUGCACUGGUGAAAAUGAACGAAAUUUUGCAGCGUAUGUACGAAAAGUGCGACCCUUAUGUGUUUUACUGGAAAAUUCGACCCUACUUGGCUGGUUGGGAGAACAUGGCUGAAGCCGGCUUGCCAUUUGGUUUGGUGUAUGAAGGUGUAGAUCAUCUGUGGUCGGCCGAAACGGACGAGUAUGCAGACAUGAGUCAUCUCACUGAAGGCCAGCGUAUCUUGCGUCAGUACCGUCGUUAUGCAGGAGGCAGCGCGGCUCAGAGCAGCCUUAUCGCGGCCUUGGACGUUGCAUUUGGCGUGGAACAUUAUCCUACCGGUGAAAAACCCUCCGUCAUGAAAUUGGACAAUCCUUUGCCUAAAGAUAGAUACACCCGUCUUCCUUCCGCGGUCCCGACUGACGACUCCAGUUCCGAUGGUAGCCGGACUCCGCAACCGCCUUUCACCCGUACCAACCGUAACGCCUUCCUUCGCGCCAUGCGCAAGUAUAUGCCGCGCCCUCAUCGCGAGUUCCUCGAAGAUUUGGAGUCGGGAAGCAAUAUCCGUCCUUUCAUGCUCCAUCUCCGAGAAAAAAUGCAAGCAGAAGAUAUCACGGCCGAAGAACUGAACGUCAUUGAACUAUACAAUAACUGUAUCCACCAGCUCAAAUUAUUCCGUGAUAAGCACGUCCAGAUCGUUAGCCUGUAUAUCGUCAAUCAAGCGCGCAAAGGUCCCAAUAUCCCCCACGGCGGUUUUGCUAUUGAUAAGAAGAAAGAAGAGCAGCCUGCAGCGGAAGCCAAGGACGAAAAGACACAGAAUGUGUUGUAUCCUCAGACGGCCUUGGAGACAUCGCCCGGCAUUCGUGAAGGAUCGGUAUCUGCCAAAGUGAGCCAUCUAUUUCCCGAACUCGGUCUGGCCAAGCAUGUUGAUCCCAAGACAGGUGUCGUAAGAGGUACAGGUGGAACCAACGUCAUGCCAUUUUUGAAACAAUCACGAGAUGAGACGGCCGAUAUGAAAAUUGCCCUUGAAUCGCCCGCUACUGCUCCCUCCAACAAAACAUGGUCUGACUGGAUUAUGCGUCGAUAGAAAUGCACCUUCGAGACCUUUGACCUUUUUUUUUUUGUAUUUUUUCACCCAUUCGACUUCAACAUCCUUUUAUAUUUUCCCCAUUUACUUUUUUCAUGUAAGCUAUACCGAUUUUUUGUUUCUUUUAUUUCAUUUUCUCCUUUUUCUCUUUCUUCAUCGUCCAUUAUCACUGUAUGAAUAUUAAAAGCCUUUUACCUAUUCGUUGUUGUCAAAAA